CAGUCAAAAUUUUAUACACGAAAAUGUAAUUAACCGUAGUUCCACGUUUCAAAGUUUCAAGUAAAGAAAAAGGUAAAUAGUGUAAAAAAUUAUGUCCACUUUUUAUUGGCUUCUCUCUCCCACACGCAUCGGUUCCUUUCACACUCUCCUCUUCUUGAAGUUUCUCUGCACCCAAAAAAGAUAAUAAUCAUAACCCUAUCUCUCUCUCUUAAGCCAUCAUCUAUCUUUCUCUCUUUAUCUCUGCCAUGGAUUCAGGCAACAGUAGUAGCAUGCAAUCCUCAAGCGGUGGUGGUGGAGACCAAGAAGAGUACGACUCACGCGCAGAUCAAUCAAUAUCCGCUUUGUUCAACAACUCAACCACCGUCUCCGCCAACAUCGCCGGUCAAACACAGCUUGACUCCCUCAUAGCUAACUAUUUCAACACCGGCUGGUCAACAGAUAGUCCUCUAUUGUCAACAACGACCAUGAAGCCUACCGAUGGCUCUAGGCCACCACCACCACCAAUCUUGUUCACAAAUCCACUUCAACAAGAUCUGAGAGUAGCUUCGGACACAAACACAAGUAGUCCCAUAUGUUCUGUCCCUACCGACAAGAAAAACGGUCUGGCCACAACAAGGAAUCUAAAGAAGAGAUCUCGAGUCUCGAGACGCGCGCCUACGACUGUUUUGACCACCGACACUUCAAACUUCAGAGCCAUGGUUCAAGAGUUCACUGGUAAUCCUUCUAAUCCUUUCUCAGGAUUAUCAUCUUCUCCUUUUCCAAGGUCUAGAUUUGAUCUCUUUGGCCCUUCUUCUUCAUCCUCACAACCCUUGAAACCGUUUCCUCAUAAACUUAUCCCACCAUCAUCAACGAGUCAUCCUUACCUAAAUCCUCCUUCUACAAAUUAUCACCAGAGUCUUCUCCUUAACAUGAACACGCAAAACAUCGCAAACCCUUUAAGAGAUCAAUCGCUGAGCUUGAGAACAAGUAAUGGUGUUGGACACGUGGACGUGGGAACAAACUUUGAAGGGCUUCAAAACAUUAUGGCCUCUUCGUCAUCGAUGACGCAGCCAACCCUAAAUACUAUGCAUGGAUUAGACAUGGUACCGGUUGAAAGAUCCGAUGUUUACACGACACCGGUUGCUUCUGGAACGGAGAAUAAUAAUUUAGGGGUCGUGAGAAAUGAAGGUACGGUGGACUUAUCAUGGAUCUCUACUUCAGAUUAGUUAGAUUUAAUCUAACCUUGUUUAUUACAUUAUAAUCGUAUCUAUUAUUAUAUUCGUACAAAAAAGGAAAAGAAAAUCUAAUGGAAAGAUUUUGGAAUCUUUUAUGUUCUGAUGAUAAUGACUUUCUAUAUAUUCGAAUUUCGACCAA